AUGACUAAUACUACUUCAAAUCCUGGUAAAAGACCAACCUCAGGGUCUGUAGAUGCUGCUACUUCACGCGAAAAAAGAUUAAAAACAAUAGCUUGUGAUAGAUGCCGGCGGAGAAAGGUUAAAUGCGAUGGAGAUGGUUAUAAUCAUUUACCUUGUAAAUAUUGCACUUCUGUUGGUUUAGAAUGCACAUACGGAAAGAACGCAGGCCGCGCAAAUACCAAUCAAUCUCAGAUAGCAUCUUCUACUAGAACAAACGCCUCUUCACAGUCUAAUCGUAACCCUACUCGUUCGAAAUCCACAUCUGCGGCAAAUAGUCAGCAGUCUACGUCUCGUCAAAGAAGAGGUUCUCAAUCUAAUCAGAGUACGAAAGCUACAAAAAAAGCAACCUCUUCCACAAGCACGUCUUUUUCUAUCGUCACGUCUUCUUCGAAUACAAACACAAACUCAAAUCGAAUUAUUCCUCAAGUAUUACCUAUACUUGAUAAUGAUCUUGAAUAUUUGGUUAAAUUGUUUUCUUCUAUGUCUUUACAAAAUGAAGAUCAAGUUCGUCAACAAUUUGGUCAUUAUAUAUCACAAUUACAGGAUGAAAAAGAAUCAAUUUCGAGACCUCAUGUACAUGACACUCAAAAAUUAGAUGAAUUUUCUCAUAGAUUUGUUACCUCGUAUUUCGAUAAUUUUCAUCCUACAUUUCCAGUGUUACAUAAAACGUAUUUUAUUGAUAGUUUUAGAGAUGCAAAUAAAUCAAUGCCACGUAUCUUAUUAUAUGCCGUUUGCGCGAUAGGUUCAAAUUAUUUAGAUGAUUCAUUGAUUAGAAAAGAUUCUCACUCUCUCGGUUUAGAAUAUUAUGAACAAGCUCAAGACAUGAUUAGCCAAAAUCUUAAUUAUCCAAGAUUAAGUACCGCUACCGCACUUCUUCUAUUAGGAAUGAUUGAUUCACGAAGUUUUAAAGGUAUUACUUACAUUGGAAUGGCUACAACAUUUGCUACCGCAAUGAGAUUACAAGAUAAGAAUGCAUCCGAAGGUUUGUCCACUAAUGAAAAAGAAGCCAGAAAAAGAUUAUGGUGGAGUAUUAUGAUUGUCAAUAACCUGCAAUCAAUGACCCUUAACCGCGUUCCAACUAUCUCAGAUAAAUAUUGUACAAUUGAUUUUCCCGAAUUUGAAUCAUUAUUUGCUCAUGACGAUUCUGAAUCAAAAACUACAGAAUAUUUCAUACACUAUUAUAAAAUUACUAAAAUAAUGUAUGAAAUAUUAGAAUAUAAUUUAUUUGAAAUUAAUAAUAAUAUUGAAAAUAUAACGACAAGAUUAGAAGAAAAAUUAAAGAAUUGGGAAAAAGAAUUACCACCAUAUUUACGAAUAGAAAAUUGUGUUCCAUUGACGAUAUCUUUAACGACGGAAAUAACAAUUGAACACCUCCGGAUCUAUUUAUGCAUUCUCUAUAAUUAUGCAAUGAUUAGAAUUCACUAUAUCAAUAUUACGUCAGAUCACAGCAUGACAAUUUGUGCAAACGCAGCAAAUAUUAUCACAACAUCUAUAAAUAAGAAUUUCUUGAUCAUGAUUAGUAGUACCCCAUUUAUUAAUCAUUGCGUACUUUAUGCAGGAUUUAUUCAUAUAUUAAAUCUCAAGAAACCAAUGCGUGCAACUGAAGCUAAAAAUAAUGUUAUACAUACUCUCAACUUAUUUCAAAGUAUGCUCGGUAUAACAUCAUUACAAUAUAUACAUUCGGGUAUAAAAAAUUUGGUUGCGAUUUUCACAUCUCAAUUAGAGAAUAUGGUAGAUAUUGAUGAGAAAUUAUUGGAAGUUGCCAAAACUGUUUUGGCAUCAAUUUCUUGUAAUUCUAACAAUUCAGCAGCAACAAAAACGCAAUCAAUUCAACAACCGACUAUCAGCAUGCUUCCACAUACAGUAUCAACAAGGUCACCACAAUAUUCACCAAUAUCACCGGUAACAAAUUGGAUAUCGCAUCAAACUCAUCAAACAAAUCAACAACAACGUCAAUCAGUUUUUGCUACAUCGCCAGCAUCAUUAUCACCAAUAGAUCCACCACCGAUAAAUCCAAUAAAUUCAAAUAAACAUGAAUCAAAUUCAAUAGGAAAUUCAACAUUGUUAAUGGUUGAUAAUUAUUCAUCUCAAUACGGACAUUCGCAGCAUAGAAAUUCUACAGGAUCGUCUACGUCAUCACUAACCAUAGGUAGAAAUGCGACGUCUUCGUUAACUAUGCCAUCAUCAUUACCACCACUUGGAACUGCAAUACCAGCUACUAAUACAACAUCAGCAUCAUCAAUACAAUAUUAUUUAGCAUCUAAUAAUACAAGUCCACCAUCUAAUAAUAUGUCUAGUAAUAUGAGUAUUGGAGGAAGUUAUGUUACAGGAACAGAAAUUUCGGGAGGAUUAGCUGGAAUAUCACAAAUUGGAGGAAUUGGAAGCGAAAAUUCCGUUCCAAUGUUGAAUGAAACUUUAUCAGGUAUCUGUAUUGAUAUCUGUAUUGAUAUCUGUAUUGAUAUCUGUAUUGAUACCUGUAUUGAUAUCGAUAUUCGGUUUUAUUCGUAUAAAAAGGAAUUAAUUUGGUACACUUAG